AUGGUUUCAACUCGUAGUCCUUCCCCCAGCGGCACGGAGCGCUCCAGUGCGACCGACGUCUCGACUGAUGCUUCGAGCAUUGUCGAGUGGAUGGCCAACCUUCAUACCGAAGACGAGGCGGUCGUUCGUGGGCAGACGAUUCAGGACAUCCUGAAUGACUCGCGCAUCCUCAUCACUGGCGCUGCUGGUUUCGUCGGUGCUGCUCUCCUUCACCGCCUUCUCUGCGACUCGACGUUGAACAUCAAGCAGGUUGUCGCCAUCGUGCGAGGAAAGACCGACGAGGAGGCGUUCAAGCGUCUUCCCAAGUCUCUCCACCACCACGCCCAGCCAGAGACUGAGGGUGCCAUACCCAAGCUCCUUCUCGUCAACGGUGACUGCGCCCGCCCCAACUUCGGCUUGAACGAGCAAGGAUUCGAGAAAGUCGGCAAGACUGAGAUCGUCAUUCACUGUGCUGGUGACACUCGAUUCACUCUUUCCAUCUUGCAGGCUUUCGAGUCUAUGGCGGAUUUAGCUUACUUUACCGCUCGUUUCUCGUUGCUCGCUUGGAAGGUCAAGACACAUAUCCACGUCUCCACUACGUUUGUCGGCUGGUACCUCAAGAACGGCUCGCUUGUCAGUGAAACGCUGACACCAGACGCCUGCAGAACUCAGGUCGACGAACAGGGCAAACACGUCAACACUUACUUCCAGGCCAAGACAUACGCCGAGUCCUGCGCCAACUCACUCUUCACCUCCCAGGUCGGCCGCAAGCUUCACGGCAAGACAUGUCGUAUCGUCCGUCUGGCAACUUUGGGCCCUGCUAUCGACUUGCCUCGUGAUGCUUGGGGUGCAGGUCACCCUUCGAGUCCCGUUUGCGCUGCUCUUGCCGCACAGGUCGUCGAUCCUAAGAUUGUUUUCCCCAACUCUGGCCUGGAUGUGGUUCCGGUCGACAUUGCCGUCAACCAGAUCCUUGCCAUCACAGCAUCCGCACACGCACUCCAAAAACUUGCCACCACCCACCGUCUGCAUCCCAAGAACCCAGCGGGUCCAACAAGCAAACAUCUCGCCCAAGUCCCCUGCAACCACGUAACCUUACAUUCCCACGGCAAAUCUGCUCAAGGUGUACGAUGCAUUCAUGACAAAAAUCGUCGAAUUCGACGUUGCGCGCACCCGUACUGUACCAUCCUUGGUCUUCCCGCUUUGCGUCCUGAUCAGGGUCGAGCUCUUGACAAGGCAUCAUUGGCCGAUCUGCCGCUGAAACAGGGCUCAAUGGAGCUCGAUAUUGUCAAGGCGGUUCAGGACAAGUUCGGUCAUGGCCAGCUCCAAGGCUGGUCCGGAUACUUGCAGCAGUGCCGUGAUGAGAUGCAGUCUAUGGGUUCCCGAUCUGAUUGGCAGACUUUCGUCGACUAA